UGCUAAUAGACUUUGGGAAAUAGUAAUAAUAUUUGAUGCAAAUAUUUGAAAACAUUUUAUGCAAUGUACUGAUGAAAAACCUGAACCUACCACCAGAAGUAAAUAUCAGAACCUAUUUGGUGUUUUGAGUUCCCAUACUGUGCUCCUUCAUCUCUUUUCCCUGCCCCCCUCAGCUGUUCUUGUUAACUAUUGUGUUUAUCAUUUCCUUAAAGCAGUUUUCACAAAUAUAUAUAUAUCACCAAGCAACAUCUUGUUUAAUUUUGAAUAUUCCUAAGCUUUUUUCUGACAUGUUUUCUCCUUUAUUCUCCCUUUUGCCCUCACCCGAGUUUGUGUAGAAGUAGUAUGGAUAUAAAAUGACACUUCUGUAGACUGUGGAGAUAGCAGUACAUAUGGAUUUGUUGGGAUGGAGAAUAUCAGUAUCACCUAGGGGGUUAUUAAAGUUACUCAGAAGUUUUUGCUAUUUUUUAUUUUUAUUUUUUUAACUACAGGCUUCUUGAGAAUCAUGGUCUGCUUUUACCAAAAGGGGCCUGUUCCAUUCCUCAAAUGUGUUGGAGCAGAACAAAGAUUGAAGACUGUAUUAAUGAUCUCCACAGAGUCUUCUGAUCUUUCUUUUUGAUGUCUCAAUCUUUGAUAAAACAUAAAGAAAGCUAAAGAAGUAAACAGGUCAUGGCACGUUUAACAAAAAGACGACAGGCGGAUACAAAAGCUAUCCAGCAUCUUUGGGCAGCCAUUGAGAUUAUACGGAACCAGAAGCAAAUUGCCAACAUUGACCGUAUUACAAAGUAUAUGUCUCGAGUCCACGGUAUGCAUCCUAAAGAGACCACCCGUCAGCUGAGCUUAGCUGUGAAAGAUGGUCUUAUUGUCGAAACUCUAACAGUGGGCUGCAAAGGUUCAAAAGCUGGUAUUGAACAAGAAGGAUAUUGGUUGCCAGGAGAUGAGAUUGCCUACAGUAUGCAGCCUUUCUCCAGGACAGCAGCCCCAAACAAGGACUGGGAAACAGAAAAUCAUGACUGGUAUUGUUUUGAAUGCCAUUUGCCUGGAGAGGUGUUGAUAUGUGACCUGUGUUUUCGUGUGUAUCAUUCCAAGUGUUUGUCUGAUGAGUUCAGGCUUAGAGACAGCAGUAGUCCCUGGCAGUGCCCAGUUUGCAGGAGCAUUAAGAAGAAGAACACAAACAAACAGGAGAUGGGCACAUACCUGAGGUUCAUUGUCUCCCGCAUGAAGGAGAGGGCUAUAGAUCUUAAUAAAAAGGGGAAGGACAGUAAACACCCGAUGUACAGGCGGCUGGUGCACUCAGCUGUGGACGUUCCCACCAUUCAAGAGAAAGUGAAUGAAGGGAAAUACCGAAGCUAUGAAGAGUUCAAAGCUGAUGCUCAACUGCUUCUCCACAAUACCGUGAUUUUCUAUGGAGCAGACAGCGAACAAGCUGACAUUGCGAGGAUGCUGUAUAAAGACACAUGUCAUGAGCUGGAUGAACUGCAGCUUUGCAAGAAUUGCUUUUACUUGUCAAAUGCUCGUCCUGACAACUGGUUCUGUUAUCCUUGUAUACCUAAUCAUGAGCUGGUUUGGGCUAAAAUGAAAGGUUUUGGGUUUUGGCCUGCCAAAGUCAUGCAGAAAGAGGACAAUCAAGUCGACGUUCGCUUCUUUGGCCACCACCACCAGAGGGCCUGGAUUCCUUCUGAAAACAUUCAAGAUAUCACAGUCAACAUUCAUCGGCUGCACGUGAAGCGCAGUAUGGGUUGGAAAAAGGCCUGUGAUGAGCUGGAGCUGCAUCAGCGUUUCCUGCGAGAAGGGAGAUUUUGGAAAUCUAAGAAUGAGGACCGAGGUGAGGAAGAGGCAGAAUCCAGUAUCUCCUCCACCAGCAAUGAGCAGCUAAAGGUCACUCAAGAACCAAGAGCAAAGAAAGGACGACGUAAUCAAAGUGUGGAGCCCAAAAAGGAAGAACCAGAGCCUGAAACAGAAGCAGUAAGUUCUAGCCAGGAAAUACCCACGAUGCCUCAGCCAAUCGAAAAAGUCUCCGUGUCAACUCAGACCAAGAAGUUAAGUGCCUCUUCACCAAGAAUGCUGCAUCGGAGCACCCAGACCACCAGUGACGGUGUGUGUCAGAGCAUGUGCCAUGACAAAUACACGAAGAUCUUCAAUGACUUCAAAGACCGGAUGAAGUCGGACCACAAGCGGGAGACAGAGCGUGUUGUCCGAGAAGCUCUGGAGAAGCUGCGUUCUGAAAUGGAAGAAGAAAAGAGACAAGCUGUAAAUAAAGCUGUGGCCAACAUGCAGGGUGAGAUGGACAGAAAAUGUAAGCAAGUAAAGGAAAAGUGUAAGGAGGAAUUUGUAGAAGAAAUCAAGAAGCUGGCAACACAGCACAAGCAACUGAUUUCUCAGACCAAGAAGAAGCAGUGGUGCUACAACUGUGAGGAGGAGGCCAUGUACCACUGCUGCUGGAACACGUCCUACUGCUCUAUCAAGUGCCAGCAGGAGCACUGGCACGCGGAGCACAAACGCACCUGCCGCCGGAAAAGAUGAAGCUGGCCCUUCCCGGAGUCGCCCCAACGAUCACUCUUUUCAGACACAGCGGUUUUUGUUUCCAAGAAGCCAAAAUUGUUUAGAAUUUGCUUCCCAUUUUGCACCAGCCUUUAAACACUUUUCGUGAAGAAAUUUUGCACAGUAGUUUAAAUCUUUUGUUAAUGCUCCUCCGAAGUUUUUCAGGGGGUAAAAGUAACAUCAGUGGAGGGUAUUAUUUUAAAUAAAUUUUAAUUGAGAAUUUGUUGCAUUUUCAGCAAAUUUUAAAACAUUUUUAGGUUUUACAGAGAUUUUAACCUUUAAACAACAGAUCUUUAAAAAACAGGUGAAUACAAGUGAGUUUAACAAAGAAACAUUUAGAAUAGAUCUGAAUGUAAGAACUACAGAACUGUUUCAGAAAUAAAACAUACUACCUUGAUGUGACAUUUUUUUCUUAACCUUGUUGAGCUGGUUUUGUUCAGCUUAAUUUACUGUUCAAAGGCAUUAUCUGUUGGUCACACCAGUGGGUAUAUGAUUGAAUUUAGGGAACAGGGUUGACACAGCAGGGCUAGUCCUGCAUAUUUUUUCUUAAAUAUUUCCCAAUUGUGUUUUUCAUUAUUUCUUUUCAAUAUAUAACUUUUAUAACAAAUUAUUAGCUUUGAUCUUGUAGUUUAAAAUUGCAGGGAACUGGGGUAAUCUUUUACUGAGCUGGAUCUUAGAGAAAAUGAAUAUUUAAAUUUUAAAGUUUGCACAUUUCAUCUUUGUCCUAACAUGAGUGCUUGUAACAAAAUAAACAACAAAAACAAAGAGCCAAAAACUACCUUUAUCCAUAUGUGAAAUUACAGAUGAGGCAUACAAAUUUAUUUAAUGCUUCCCUUCCCUUCCCACAUAUCAUCUCACUGCCUAUUAUCUGGUGUCACCUCAUGUAUUGUAAGUUAAUACUAAAAGAAGAGAAAGCACUUAAGUUUCACAGAAGCCGUUAUGUUUGUAGUAAUGGGUCAUUGCCUACUAAUGAACUCCAUCACUGUACACAGAAUGAAGAAUAAUGCAUGUUAAUUUUCUUGUAUUAAAGAUGCCGUGAUUUGUAAAAAGUCUGUAUUUUGCGGAAUGUCUGGAUUAAGAAGCAUUACCAAUAGGAAUGGAUCGAUAGUUGAAUAAUGAUUUUUUAUACAUAGAUAUAUAAAAUACAGCCAGGAAAACUUAAAUUUCUUUUAAAAUAUCUCACAGUUUAUGUGUUUUUUUUUUAAGACUGAUCUUAGAACAAGUCAAAUUCCCAUUUAUCAUUUAGUUAUUUUUUGAGGUUAGAGAAAUAAUUUGUAAAUAUUUAUUUAGACCUUUGAUAUUUAUUAAAGCAAUUACUCACAAUGGAAGUGAAAGAAUCAGGAGAAAAGCCUUUUAAAAAGUUUUCUCCAGGUUUGUCAGGGUCACUCUAAAGAUAAAAAUGUAACUAAGUCUUCUGUGAAAAUCCAUCUAGUCCUGAUGCUGUUGCAGAUGGUGGUGACACAAGUUAAUUGACAAACUACUGCCAAAUGGUGCACAAUCUUUUGUAAAAAGUACCCAGUAGCCCCAUUUCACACAAUGUUCCUAAAUUACGCAGUGACGUGGCAUCAUUGCUCCCUCCUUGUUGCUGUGGAAUUGGAGUUGCCACAGUGUAUGGCGCUGAUGGACAUGUCGGAACCGAGAACACUUAACCUUCUUUGAUUGUUUUUCAACUUCUAAGACUUCGAUCCACCCCUAUGAGAGCAAGUAAUUGUGGAAAUAUUUUUGGUGUAAAAUCAUUCCAGAGUAUGUAAUAUUUAACUGAUAGCUGCAUGAAAGUGAGAUUCGUGUUACUUUGGCUUUUUUGUCUCUGUUGACACGGUUGCACAUUUCCAAGUUACUACAGCGUGAAAACUGUGUGUUUAAAAAAAAAAAAACAAAAUUAAAAAAAGAGAUUGUGGCCUGGUUUUGUAAAAGUUUUAGGUAAAAU